GUCAAGUGGCGAGAGGGAGAGCGGAAUCGAGUUAAGCGCGAAGGGGAGGAGGUCGUGGAGUGGAUCCGCCAUACGGUGAAUGAGCGGAGCCUUGAUUUAAACCUGUGGGUUUCGGUAAGCCAAUAAUCCGACAGGCGAACAGGUGCGAUCGGGCGAAUGCACGACUAAGCGAGUGAGUUCACUCACAAGGUUGGUGGGUUGCAGAGUUAGUUUCCGCCUGUGCCAGUUUGCUGGUGAUUGAAUCGCUGUAUGAGUUCGCUGAAUGCGCAUUAGCUCUGAACUGUUAUUUCAUCACCCAGAGAAAGUCUCGAGGGAGUGUCAAGACUUUUUGUUCAGGAAGAUCGUGCAUUCAGAUGUUUGGCAGGCAAUUUUGUGUACGUAGCUUUGGUAAACUAAUACGAUACAUUUCUCGAGUAAAUGCUUGCAUUUCUGAAGAAAUUAGUGACGAGUUGUAGCACCAAACGCCGUUAGUGAACGAGUCACUUGUGAAUUGGUUGUUAUUUUGUAUAAAAAUACGGGCUCAUAGCCCUUGAGUGAUUAUCUGUGAGCGUGUUUUUUGAAUGUAGUGAAUUGGUGUGUGGUAAAGUAAGCCGUGAGUGGAUUGGUAGUUAGUGAAUUAGUUAAGAUUGUGAGUGGAGUGCGUGUGGUGGGACUUCGGUCGAGAAUUCAUGCACGAGUGAAAUAGUGAACCGUGGCUGAUGUUUACGUUUAGGAAGUUAUUGAGAUCGCGAAUUAAAGUGUUCAUGUACGAGUGAGCCGCGUGGCUUUAAGGGUUAAUGGGGGGAAACCAUCGAUUGAGUUGGCGUGCGAAUUAGCGAGUGAAUAGCCGAGGUUAUCCACAGUCGUUUAAUGAUUUAGCAGAGAGUGUGUCGAUAAACUGCUAUAAACCACUUGGACCGGGGUUAAUGGUUAUUAAGCCUGUUUAGUGAGUUAGUGUAUUAGUGUCAGUGAACAGGCGAGUUAAUGAGUAAAAAGAGAACACACUAAAAUGCGAGUGUAAGCUGGUGAGUGGGUUGGUUAAGCUUUAAUUUUGGCAAUAUUAAUUCGCCAAUUUGAUGUUUCAUCAAACAGUAAGCUACGCAUUUUCUACAAUUGAGAAAGUUUGAGUUGUAGUCCUUGUAAGUUGACAUUAGCAAUGCCGUGAGUGUUUGGCGUGAUGCUGAAUGAGUGUUUGCCAUACUUAUUUCAUUUGUGUUUGACUGACUGCAUUGUCAAGUGAAGUUCACAAAUAGCAACUUUCAAUACACAAAAUAUAUACUGCUCCUUCUCCAACAACAAUAAUAAUUUAAAACAUCACAAUAUUAACGGUACAACUAGACGCAAAGCAGUUUAAAAUUGUACUUUAGAAAAAUAAUCUCAACUUGUUCACGAUUUUAAAUCGUUGAAAUCGUAAAAAAAUAAAUCUGUUGUAGUGACACGGGUAGAGAAACGGCGAGAAGGCCCUUGGCCAAGAUGCUCAAAUGGUGCAGACUGAAGCUGCGGGGCGAAUCCGGCCCCGGGGCCAGGCGCAGAGGAGACCGCCUUGUCUGCAAGGACGGACACUGCAACAUGGAGCUGGGGAACCUCGCGGCCGGCGGCCGGCCCCGCUUUGCCCUCCUCGUGGACUAUUGGACCACCAUGGUGGAGCUGCGGUGGCGCUAUAAGACCGCGGCAUUCCUGCUCGCCUUCCUCGGCAGCUGGUUCCUCUUCGGGCUCAUCUGGUUCGCCAUCUGUCGCCUGCACGGGGACCUGCCCGGGUCGCAGCCGCCUCAAGACCAUGUCCCCUGCGUGGUGAACGUCCACGGGCUCACCACCGCCUUCCUCUUCUCGCUCGAGACGCAGGUCACCAUCGGCUACGGCUACCGCUACGUGACCGAGCGGUGCCCCGAGGCAGUCGCGCUUCUCGUCCUGCAGUCCCUCUCGGGCGUCGUCAUCAACGCGUUCAUGUGCGGUGCCGUCAUGGCCAAGAUCGCCGCCCCCAAGCGCCGCGGCAAGACGGUGGCGUUCAGCGACCGCGCCGUGGUGUGCGUGCGGAGCGAGCGCCUCUGCCUCGUCAUCCGGGUGGCGAACGUACGCAGGAGCCUGCUCAUCGGCUCGCACGUCUACGGCAAGCUGCUGCGGACCACGCCGACCCAGGCUGGCGAGACGCUCAUCAUGGAGCAGAGGAACGUGAGCUUCUCCGUGGACGCGGGCGCAGGCGACGCGCUUUUCUUCAUUGCGCCGCUCGCCAUCUACCACGUGAUGGACGAGUCCAGCCCGCUCUUCGGGCUGUCCCGAUCGGAUCUGAGUGGAGGGGACACCUUCGAGCUCGUCGUGUUUCUAGACGGGACCGUGGAGGCGACGGGCGGCUCGUGCCAGGUGCGCACCUCCUACCUGCCAGACGAGAUCCUCUGGGGCCACCGCUUCCUGCCGAUCGUAUCGACCUCCAAAGACGGCAAGCACAGGGUCGACUUUGGCAACUUCAACAAGUCGGUGGAGGUGGACACGCCGCACUGUGCGACGUGCAUGCAAGGAGACCAGAGCGACGACAAGGUGGACGUUGAAAAUGUGGGAGAGGGACUGGAUAACCCAGCGUUUGAUGUGACUUCCGUGGUCGACGAGACGAAGAUGUGAAGGAUCAUCUUCAUCAGCAGCAGCAGCAGCAGCAAAUGCAACAUUUUCAGCAGCAACAAAAUAAUCAUCAACAACAGUAACAAAAAAAUAUAAAUCAACAGUACCACAAGCGUCAUCAUCAUUAGAUGUAGCAGUAAUAGCUGCAGCAGCAAUGUAUGGAUAAUCAUCAUCAACAGCAACAGAAUCACCAUCAACAUCAACAGUGACAAAACAAUACUAAUCAGCAGUAACAUAAACAUGAUAAUUAGAUGUAGCACUCAUAGCUGCAGCAUUAGCAAAAGCAUCAUCGUCAGUAUGUUUGUGUUAUCAUUCAGGUCGUGGACUCUCCCUGCUUAAAUGCGAUUUUAAGAGGUUGCUCAUCAAUAGUAGCCCUAAACCAGUGGUGGGUAUUCCACAUUCCUAUGGCAGGGAUCAUUAUCGACUUAAUGUGCACCAUUGAUACUUCUCCAUAGAGCCGUGCUUCUCAUUUUAUGGUCCUGGGAGGAGCGAUGGGUUACGUUGACUCCUACCAGGGGAUUCAACUCGCAAGCUUCCGACUCCCAAGCAGAUCAUAGUGAGCACAGAGACACGCCAUGGGUGUCUCAUCCUUAUCGUGAUCUCCAUCAGAACCACAAUGUGUCUAUCUGAAUAAGGGCGCCACGGUGGCGAAAAAGGCGCCAUGGUGACUAGGAGAUGUUAACUACCUCACCUGAUAUACGGGAUGCGUGGGUUCGAUCCCGACCCUGGCACCUGUAUAUGUGGAGCUGUGCAUCUUCUCCCCGUGGUCGCGUGGAAUUCUCUCCCCCGCCCUCUGGUCUUUCCCUCCACAUUUAGAAUCAAUGUGCGUUUAGAGUAUUUGGCUACUGCUAUACCAUUCCACGUGAAAAGACACUUAAUUGACCUAUGCUUUGUGAUAGCUAGUUCGCUUCUGAAAAAAAGAGCUACAUCGCUCAGUGAGCCUUACCUAGUGUGUGAAUCCACUGCUUUAUUAGGGCUCUCCUUUAGCGUCGUGUCGGUUUUGGUAUUUGUUUUGACCUUACUUCGCCACGCUGGGGAGUGCGGGUUUUGAAGAGUCGGGCGCAUGACAUACUCAGGUAUCACUUGCCACUGACGUUCGCCAAUGGGUUCGUAGUGCAGUGUUUCGCACACACUGCCGUACCACAUCCAUCCAGUGUUAGGGAUCACGAUACCAGGUCACGGUAGUCACAGUACGCAUAGGUUAGAAUAUUAUACAAUCCACGUGUGGGAGUGCGUGUGCCACACGAGAUUAAAGCUUCAUUCAAUGAGAACAAUGUGAAUGUAUAUACGGACACUCAGGAGAGCGAUGUCGCGGCUCAGUGACGUCACUAUGAAGUUAAUUUUUCGUCACGUAUUCUAUGGUUCCUCUAGUCUUGCUUCGAAAUAGGAACCACGUCUAACGGAGAGGGCCCUUGCCUAUUGAUAUUUAACAGUUCACUCACAUUGGUUCAAGCAAGACCAAUUCUGCUCAUGAGAUACUGCAUGUCUAAAUCAGUCCAGAGCUUGCGUAAAAUCAAUGCUACUGAAAUGAUGGCCUCCCAAAAGCCAGUGUGACUGAUGGGAUGUGGAAACACUUUUUUCUCACGUGGAUGGACAGGCGUGCGAAGGAGGUGUGUCAUCUGCUUGUUAAUUCUGUGACUACGGUUUAAUGUCGGCACAGAAACGGCGCGAAAGUGUUACAGCAGCACCCUUUACAAACUAUUUAAAGUAGUUUUUUUUACAUAAAUAACAAGACUUCACAUAUUAAUAAGGUGCAGCGUGUACAGCAUUAUUUGGCAUGUGUCGUGACGAGUACUGCAAGAUCCGACCAUGUCCGCCCAGUACUCGCUAAGCUGCUUUUGCUGCCCGGUUGCUGAACGAAUACAUUAUAAGGUUGCACUCAUUAUACACAACGUGCUUGCCACAAAUUAAGCACAAUACCUUCCUGAUCUCGGUAAGGAGUGUAAACCAUUAUGUGAGUUGUGGUCAUUCUCGCAGUGGCUUUUGGCUCGCCAUUGAACAAUGACGGUCACCGCAUCACGCGUUUUCAGAUGUGCUUUUGCGGCCGCCUUGAACACUCUUCCUUCCGAUUUUAGGAAGCCACUGGAACUAUGCACCUUUAAAUCUAUAUUGAAAACGAAUUUCUUUAUAACUGUUUUGGUGUUAAGUUUAAUACUCUCCCCCACACCUCCGAUUAGCACGGUUGGCUACGUGCAGAGCGAAAUAAGUUCAACCUACAUGCAUGUGUAGUGAGUCAUUCAGAGACACUCUUUAGGAGGCAACAACAUUUAUUUAUACUUAGGCAACACCGUUACACACGGGACUAAAUACACCUAUCUCUCACUCUUGUUACACACGGGGAUAGAAUACACCUAUCUUUCUCGCAUACGGGAUAACUAUAAUCGAGUCAUAGCAGCCAACGCGCUGUCUGACCCACAAUGUCGAAGACAGAGACAGAGGCGAAGACAUAGCACUUGAGUUCCACUUCACCUGCAGACAGCCCCGAUAUUCGAUCGGAGCUUCCCUUUCAUCCUCAUCGGUGCGGCCUGGCUCUACCCUCGACCGCGCCUACCUGUAGAAUGUUCCCAAAGGUUCCAAGCCACCUUACACCUGUUCCCUCUCUGGCUCCGCCCUUAACCCUUGCCCCCUUUGGGAACUCUCGAGACGUUUUCCCACCACUCUUCCCGUGUCCCCUCGUUCACCUUUGGCCCACAUCCCUCGCCCCGGCCCAUCACGUGCUUAACUCGGUGCCGGGGUGACUCGUCCUCACAUACCCCUACUGCCAGCCGCUCCCAGCACACUCUCCAAGCGACCGGCUCUGCGCAACCACCUGCGGCACUAGCGGAGGCUGCUAUCCCCUACUCUGUCGGUAGGACUCAUCUAAAAUCCUUCUGCUCGCACCCAGUACCAUGCCCCUAGUGGCCUACUUUGUGGUACUGCAUGGUGUGUUAUCCUCUGUGCCCGUUUCUACGGCACUUGGCGCUAGACCGUAGUGAUCCAUUUAACAUCACUACACAUACAUAUUAAUAGCGCAUUCGUGUAUCUAUAAGAGUCGUUUGUCGUUUGAAUCGCGUUUUGAUUUGUUCCACGGGAUAUGCCCAACAAUGUCACUGCAGUGCACACAUUAUUAUGAUGAUGCAUGUGCCUUUGGAGCCAUUCAUGCGCUAAGUUGCAUGGUGUAGGCCUAUCAAAUCCUGUCUCCUCCCACAUAUGCAGUUACUCACUAAUAGAUUGGGCCAAGCAUCCCAAUAUAGGACAACAAAGCUUGGACAAUUGUUUAUCAGCGGUUCUGGCUUCCUCCCCAGCUUGUUUUUGAUAUCCCGCAUCUCCGUGACAAAAACACCACCCAGCGAUACAAAACUCCUACAGCAGAAAUUUGAGACGCGAUUUGCACGGACGAUGCAGUAGUGAAGAUAUAUAUCUGGGACCUUUUGGCCAGUAUCCAAAAUGAUGAAAAAUGAUGAAAAAUAAGAGUAGGUUUUACCCUUUCUGGCAAAAAACAGGAGGUAUUAAGAUGUUAAAACACCAAAUAGAUAUCUUUAUUUGAAUCUUUCGUGACUGCAGGAAUCCAUACUCUUUGGUUCUUUCGGUAAAGUCACGUAGGUAGAAAAAUAUAAUGAAAAAUAAUCUCGCUCAUUAACACAACUGACGUGCUUGCGUGCGGGGAUGGAAUUCCUUUCCAGCUCAGACCCCGCUUGCUUGCCCUUCGCCACAUAUAUAACGUCUUGUUGUAACAUCUCUCUCACUUUGUUUCUUUCUGGUUCAGUAGUGCCACUGCUGGAUUAUUUUUUCUGCCUGAGGACGACCGCUUGUGUUGCGAUCGAAACGUCGUGAUAUAUUAUUAUUAUAAUUCUUUCUACCUACGUGACUUUACCGAAAGAACCAAAGAGUACAAAAUAGAUACAUGUUUCAAGACAUCACGUCUGCAUUAACCACACGUACUUGUGUCAAUACAUGCAAACAAACAUACUCUGAUAAUAUAUGCAUUGUCUUUGAAACUGAUUGGCCUACACCAGAGGUAGCCUUCUUUAUUGCUUAUUUGGCAAAACCCUAUUAUUAUUUAUCAUCAGUAAAGAUGCAAUUAUCACGAACUAUAUUUUCGAUAUGAAAUCUGUUUCUAUAUAGCAGAAAAAGCGAUUGCGAUGUCGUCGGCAAUACCUGAUGCACGUGGUGAGCAUGACGUAACCCCGUUAGGCCACGUGUCGCCGGGAAGUGAUAUUUAACGGUGUGGGAGUGGCGACACCUCAGUGAUGUCACAGGAGCGCUUUAGAGACGAGGCAUCGCAGCCGUGUAGCAUCCCGCCCAGCCACCCAGCCCCAAUAGUCAUGUCCAGGCGAUGCGAGCCGUUGAGAUUUUGCACCAUCUUCUUCCCGUGUUCUGUUAAAAAACAAUAACAGGUACGGCUAUUUUAGUACACACAAUACGACAGAAAGGUACAAGAACAAUUGGCUUGCAUAAUGUGCAUGCAGAAUGUAUGUUGAUUCCCAUAUAAAUAACCCCACCGGCAAUGGAUACCCAUUGUCAUUUAUAUGCAUUCAGUAAUCCCCCCCCACACACACAUCGCUCAAGAAGUGCUCACAAGUGAUGCCAUCACAUCUACCCCUCUAUUUAAGGAACAAAACAGGAGGAUUUCUCUACAAAUAUGGCUGUCGCCUGAUGAAGCUAGAUGUAAUUACUGGUGAAACAUUGUACUCAGAUUAUAAAUGUUGUAGCUUUGCUCUCCAGAACACAGGUGGGCUGUACUAGUAACGAAUUGGCAUGUUCUGUUUAUGUGACACACCUUACUAAUUGGCUGUGUCAGGUGGUGGCGGGUUUCACGGCACAUUUGUAUAUCUACCUAAUCUAACCCAAAAAACCUGGAGCCAAUUCUUACUCAAUGAAAGUUAGCACUGAAUGCAUUGGCAGAGACGCUAAUUGUAUUUAGCACGCAGGCUUUCGCGAUCAAUAUUAUUCAUUUAAAAAGUUAUUUUGGGUUAGAUAUUUAUUUUUGCACACGUAUUUCACUGCAGCUACACGUUAAUGAAUGCACAAUACUCUCCUGUACUUUCCAUUAAAUAAAUUGAUAUCUUAUCUGAAAAUGAAAACGAAUGUCUCAUUUGUAUCAACUUUCAAAUCACUGUUGUGUAUGCACAAUAUUAAACACAGACUAAACAAUAUGAUCCACCUAUAGCUUCAUAUAUAUGUAGAAUAUGACUUCUGGACACCCCGGUUGUUAUAGAAUCACACGGAGACUAGAUUCUUAUUCAGGGCUACUCGCCGUUUAUUCACUCCUCUUCCUCCAUUCCACUCGCACUCCUUCUCUCUCUCCACACCUCCACCCGUGGCGGGCACUCGCUAUCCCCCGUCCCUUUCUCCUUCCUCACUCCAUCUCUCCCGAGACUCACCCUCACGUCUCCCGAGGCUCCCCCUCACGUCUCCCGAGGCUACCCCUCACGUCUCCCCCUUUUCCCCACUACCCUGGACGUCUACACUCCAACUCCCCUCUCUCUGACUCCCCCUGCCCUUCUGGCCCCCCUUUCCUAUCCUUUCUCUGGGGCUCCUCCCUUUCUGCCCCUCUUCCCGUGCUCGCCUAUCGUAGGAGCAGACAAUGCGGGGGAGGAAGGGGGCAGGGACAGGUGGAGAGAGAGAGGGGUGGGGGUCCAAAGUGAGUGGGCGGGAGACGAGAGCUGCGCAAGCAAAACGAGCAGUGCAAACAACACGCUAAUGCAGAAGCA